AUGGAGAACGGAAAGCUCGCCAUCUCCUUCCUCCUUUUCUCCACCCUCCUCUCUCUCUUCCACCCCUUCGCCGCAGCGGAGCCGUCGAAGAACAUCUCAGCCGUCUUCGCCUUCGGCGACUCCACGCUGGACGCCGGCAACAACAACGACCUCCCGACCCUCGUCCGAGCGGACCAUCCACCCUACGGCCGUGACUUCCCAAGCCGAGUCCCCACCGGGAGGUUCACCAACGGCAAGCUCAUCACCGACUUCCUGGUGUCCGCCUUAGGCCUCAGGGAUGUCCUCCCAACUCACUCCGACCGCAGUCUCACCAUGGCCAACCUAACCACCGGCGCUAGCUUCGCCUCGGGGGGUUCUGGAUUGGAUGACCUCACCGCGACCACGUCAAGCGUGACAACCAUCGGGAGACAGGUAGCAAACUUUGAAGCCUACAUCUGGAGGCUGCACGCAGCAUUAGGGAACGACGAGGCAAGUAGGAUAAUAAGGGAUGCAAUGUUUGUUAUUGGUGCUGGAUCUAAUGACAUGAUCAUGAACUACUACAUGCUUCCAGCCAGAAGAAUGACCUUCACUACUGUCUCUAGUUACCAUACGUUCCUCCUUUCUCAGCUUCGGAAACUUGUUUCGUAUAUUUGUUUAACUAAUAGAAAUUUAAUGCAGCAAUUAUACAGCGUGGGUGCAAGAAAAUUCGCAAUAGCAGGCCUUCCACCGCUUGGAUGCCUUCCGUUACAAGUAACUUUGGAAACCAUGCGAUCAAGUCCGCCCACACUACAACGCACUUGCAUCAACCAACAGAACAUCGAUUCCAUGGCAUACAACGCAUUGCUCCAAGCCAGCAUCCGCACUUGGAACAAUACACUACCCAACUCUAAGUUUGUCUACGUGGACAUAUACAAUCCAUUGAUGGACAUGGUCACACAUCCUCUGAAAUAUGGUAGGAUUGCAAGCUAA